GUUCACUCCUUUGAGCGAGAGUGCCAUAGAACUUACCAGGUAGGAGCAGAACUUCCCCCACCGAAACGAAUCAGCCCGCUUUCUCCGCAGAAGACAGAACUUUAGUUCUGCCUCAGGCAAGAAACGCGCCGCCUUCCACUUUACGCGUGUCUCGAGCCACCAGCGCGUCUUUUUGAGUUGCGUGGCUUGCGUUUUCCCCGUCCCGAAAUGAUGGAUCCCAAAAAGGGCUUUCGAUCUUGCAACUUGAACGCUUCGGUGGCCCGCUGCUAAACGUUUUCUCGGCCAGGAUAUGGACACUGUGGUGUGAGUUCAUAGCUUGGACGUAUCGCAAUGUUCCUUUCUUUCCACUCCUUUUCUUCUCUUGUCUUCUUGUCUUGAAAUAUGGUGGAGGUUCUUGGUCCUUUGUCUGCUCGUCCGCCGACUCCACCGAGGAUUGUGUCUCGCAUGCUGUCUGAAAAAGAUCGGACGGUAGACUCUCCAGUCAUCGUACAGACUCCUAUAGAGUCUCCUUCCUUGACCAACGGAUCUACAGGAGGUGCCUCCGGUCGCCAAUCGAAGCGCGUGAACUUUUCGCCAUGGACAAAAUACAUCAAGCCUCCUUCGUUUACUAACGCAAAAUCGAAAGUCCUUCCUCCCUCGAAUGAAUGCAAACCAACCAAGUCGAUUCUUAAGUCAACCGGUUCGCCUGGCCCUGUGAACACGCCGAGUAUUACACCCUACACCCCCGAAAGCUUCGCUAUGCUUCUGGAGUCGAUCACCCAGCAAUUGGCUGGAGAGUCGACAAGCUCUAGAAUUGACGCGUACAUGCAGUUUUUUGGGGCGCUAAGGGCAUAUGAGAAGCUUCCUCCGGAAGAUGAAAUUGUGCGCAAGUUAGGAUUAAUCACUCAGUUUAUUCAGCGGGAUAUUGGACGGGAUCUCGCAAAGGGUGGGCCGUUGGAUACUAAUCUUGUCAUCCAAGCCCUGAAGCUCUCCGUGGUGCUAGUGUGGCAUCCUCAGAUCUCUCCGCACUUAUCUGACGACUUCAAACUUGUCCUUGUCGAACACUCCUUGAGCAGCCUCGAAGACGGCAAAUUACCCAAAUCUGUCAUGACGCAUUACCUAUCCGUUUUGUCAACGCAAAGGUUCCCCGCUAAAAUCCUGACGAACGCUCGAAUUACUCGCAUCCUCACAAUGCUACACGGUCUUACCAAUAAGGUGAAAGGAAAUGCGGUUGUAUCCCAACGAUUGAUGAUAUAUGAGCGCCUUUUUGAGCAGUCAAAGUCGGCUUUUGUCUUGCAGCCAUCGCUAUGGAUGGACCAUCUACUCUCUGGCUUGCUUCAUCAUAUAAGAGAGGUCAGAAUAAAGGCUAUAGAGCUUGGAUUCAACGCCUAUAUGGCAUUCGGCCCUAGUCCCGCUAUGUCCAAAACGCUUCGUGAUAUUUUUGACCGACCUCUUGAUAACGACAGAAAGCUGGCGUCUGAAAUUUGCGAACGCAUGUCAAGGAUGAUGGCAAGUCCCGAGAGUGGUGACCAUGUGCCUCAGAUUUGGGGUGUUAUUGUCUUGCUCUUGCGAAGCAAACGAUUUCACAUCGACCAAUGGCAGCAUUUCAAGGAAUGGGUUCUUGUCCUCCAGAAAUGUUUCAACUGCAGCGACUCUGAAAUUAAAUCAAAAGCCAUUGGGGGGUGGAAUCGAUUUGUUCUUGUGGCAAACAUUAGUGAAACGACCAGCCCAUCGUUGUUGAGAAUGCUCAGCAAGCCAAUACUAUCCCAAUUUGAGCGAAAGAAACAAGAAAAGCAUGGAUCGCAACCCAGCCAGUUGGCUAUUGCUAGCUACUAUAAUUUGCUUUACUAUGCUUUCCGCCCAUCUGCAUCAUACCAACAGCUCGAUAUCGUCUGGGAAGAAUAUAUCGCGCAGCCCUCCUCAAACAUAUUCUCAUCUGUUCCCAGCCUGAGUGAUCGGGUCGCUCAUGCCCUCUCUCACAUGCUCUGGAGCUCCCAAGCCAACGUUUGGUCAGAGAACCGAGUAAACGAAACGAAGAGGGUUGUCCCUGAAGAGUUGCCGUCUCUAGACUGUAAGUGGGUCCGGUCGAGGAUCACUUCAGUUCUGAAAGUUUUUGAAGAUAUUCUGAAGUCAUCCAUCUGGGGCCCCGACAUAGACAAGUCAAAUAUUGCUAUUGCCUGGGUUAAUCUCUCCAAUGCUCUCUCAUAUUCUUCAAGCAAAGAGAUUACUCCCUCCCCAGAGUCAAUGCAGGCAGUAGCCCACGUACUGGGACUUUUACAGCGCCUCUGGAAUGCAGGCCCACUUUCACUUAACGCUGUUGGAGAAUCGUCCAAGGAUGCAUUUUUCGAACGAUUUCGCUUUUUGUCUACCGCUAUGAUAGUUGCUUUGGGUAGUAUCCCUUUCACCGAAAAGCUCCUUUUGAAAACGGCAGAUUCGACGUAUCAAGCCGCGAACACGCCGACGCAUCGCCAUUCAAACGCCAACAAUAAUCUAGAUAGUCCAAUAUUGCACUUGCUCCGACUUAUUAGUGAUAUUCCAGGGCUCUCAGAACCCACCGCAUCGUAUCUGCGCUUAAUCAACGGUACCCUCGAAGCGGCUUGCAACGGGAGAGUUACUCGAGGUUCCCGCCUUGAACUUCUGCGACAGUGUGCAGAUUUGUACCCAAGUGGAAAAGAGUUCCAUUUUGGUGUGGACAAUUUUGCUCAGAUUGUCUGGAAAUCAACGGCACAGCUAUCAGCAGAUUGUUUGCGUUCAUUUCCCAUUGAAUCAGCGCGCGAACGCGAUGGGUCUGUUCACCGUGACUAUGACAACUUGGUCAAAAUUCUUUCGGUAGGGCUAAAAUUUUCAAAUGUGCACGAUGCCUGGGACCAGCUUAUUGAAGCGUUUAUUCACGUCCUGAGAACAGAGAGAGGGGAUCAGGUUAUUGCGACAACGGUAGUGGAUCUCGCUGACUUCAUGAUGGAUAUUGAUAUUCGCACUACCUGUCUAUCUGCAUCGUCGCUGUUCAAUCACUCCCUGUCGCUUUCUUUCCUCGAUCAUAAUACCACGCUGGUCAACGAGCGCAAUCAAGAAAGCCAUGGUGACAGUGAAUUCUUCUUCCCCCAAAAAUUAAUCGAAUUAGCGAACCGAAUUCUUCGCGGGUCGUAUGAAGAGUUCCAACCGUCUGAGAUUAAUGGAGUUGCGGUCUUUAUUGAAUCACUAGCCUCCUUCUUGGGUUCAGGUGUAGCUGCCUUUCGUUCUAGACUUCUCGAAACCCUCCAGGAAUCCCUUGCGCUAUAUUUGAAAGACGCAGCUCGCAAACUCACCGUUGAAAGCGGCGUUGAAAGUAGAAUUCUUACUGCUUGCCGAGCUCUCUCUGCCGCCGUCCUUAAUAUUUUGCAAGGAGCUUUGCCUCACGACACCUCCACUCUAGACACGUUCCAAAACAUCAUCUGUGCUGGCUUAGGAUCAUCACAUGCCUCAAUUGCAAGGAGAUUUAUCGAUUUCUGGAGUUCCACGUUCGGAACGCAAAAUUCUUUGCGCUACCCUGAAGCUGUGUCUCAGGCGUUGCAAAAUCUAGAAACCCAUCUGAAUAGUCAGGUGUCUAGCUCACUACCAGAAGACAAAUCACCAGGCGCAACACAAAGAAGCCGUCCUCAGCUAGAGACAGUGCGUACCAACUUGAAAGAUAUGGCGGCCGAAUCUCAGAUCGCGUUUACUCUGGAUGCGCCAACUGAAUCGCCAUAUUCUGCUCGCCUAGACUCAUCGCCUGUCACGAGGGGUUCUGAAUCUACAGGCCCAGCGUUGCAACAGCCCCGGAAGUCUUCUCCCCAGGGUCUCAAAUCUAAGAAUACUCUCCACCAAAGCGCGCCCAUGAAUGAUUCUCUCCCAGUGCCAUCGUCUAAGAAAACCUCAGUGCGGCAUAGCGAGGUUUUCUUUAUGAUUGACAACCUUCGCUCCUCCUCUCCACCCACCAACACGCCAAGAGACGUUGGAUUCAUGACGCCGCCUCACCUGCGCAAUCUACGAAAUGCCGACUCCGAGACUGAAACUCCUCAAACCCCUACUUUACCUGCUGUAGUUGGUGACAAUGAGGACAAUUUCCUCGGAUCUUCACCGACGCCUGGUAUUAGAGGCUGUUCACACUCGGUGGGGUCGGAGAUACCUUCUACCAUCGUUGGGUCGCAAAUGGACAUUGACCCUCCGUCUUCACCACCAGAGCUAGAGUUGGGAAGCCCCGAUAUCCGACAAAAGUCCCUUGCUUUGGAUAAUACACCAGGCAAGGACAAAAUUUCCAAGAACAGAAAACGGAGAAAUAGGGCUAGGCGGUCUAAGACAGUAACCGACAAGAAGGUUGGUGAAUCUUCGCCAGUUAAGGAAGGUGCGACGCAGGGCGAAAGGAAAGAAGAGAAGAGUUUGAGAAGUCGUCUUCGCUCGUCUACAGUGGCCAACAACGAGCAGAGUGCAGCCAAAAAGACGCAAGAAGGCCCCAUGAAGACGAUGUGUCGGGAAGUUAGCCACGAUCCGGCCACUGACGCCACCACAGAACCUUCAUCCACAAAUGAUGUGCCCCAAGUUGGGCCUCAGGUUGUGUCUAAAGAUGAUGGAAAGCAGCCAUUUGCUGAGCCUUCUGAUUUCAUUGCAGAUUCUUGCAGCGAGGAUAUGGAUACCCAGGCCAUAUCUCAGCUAGAGCAUGAUUUAGUGUCUGCAGUAGAUCUCGGCCGGACAAGGGUAAACGGAGAGGCGGGGCCUUCAGAACCAGCUCCAGUUACUCGAAAACGGAAGCGGGAGGAAGAAGCCGAGGCUGCACGAAGUAGCAAAGAGCGACGUCGCUCUUCCAGGCUCUCUACGGCAACAUUGCUCGCUGAUGCGGAAGAGAAGCUUAGUGUUCAUUCCAAAAAGCAGAAGAUUCCCACCAUUACUUCGGCCGCAGCUCCACAUUCUCCUACUGCUACGGCUGCUUUAUUGAAAAAACGAAUGUACGACGCUGAUAUGGAAAUUGCCACUCCCAGGAAGCAACAUGAGCAUACACCCGAACAAAAGAAAGAAAAGACCAAGAACAAAGAUGCAGAGAACCAGGGUGCCUCCCAGAAACGGAGAUCCUCGCGGAUUAGUGGUUUGGCAGGACCCGAUAUUCCUGUGGACAGCCCUACACCUAAGAAAUCGCCUCGAUCCAGCCGGUCAUCGAAGCAGAACAAGAAGCGCAGAGAAUGCCGGGGGGGACAAGCUCGAUCUCAAACUGACAGUACCCAAUAUAUGGAAGCUGUAGCUUCUCGAAAUUCCCCAGAGCCUCAAGAUAUGCAGCCUUCGAUCCAGAGCGCUGAUUCGCCUUUUGAAGCACAUGGUUCUUUAGCUCCUCCAGUUCCAGACAUGGAACUCAAAACCCCCUCAAAGGCUACCGUCGAAAAACCGUCCGACAACGAUAUUCGAAUGGCAGAGGUAGGACCGGAGGCAGAAGCCGAAAUCGCAGCAGACAACGCCUCUACAACCAACCUUGAUAAUCAAGCCUCUCGGCCAUUCCCAGCCGAAGAUUCCGAACCGGUCAAGGAACCCGGGAUCAAAACCUCUCUCCGCGAACUCCUCGACAAGGUCAAACUAGCGGCUUUGGACCGAGAUACCGUGAAGGAAAUAGACGAUCUGCUGUUCAAUUUCCGAGUGGAGGUGCACGAAGCUCUGAGGCGUCACUGUGACGCUACCAGUUAGGAUUUGGAUUUGCAUAGCGAUGGCGUUUGAGUUAUUUAUUAUUGUCUAAAGUGAGUUUAUGCUAGGAACGUGCUAAAAAAUACC